GCAUCCAUGGAUAAAUUCAUCGGUAUGUCCCACGUUCUUGCUGGAAUCCAGCUGAUCAUCCACAACUGUAUCAUCUCUUGAACAUCGAACGGUACUUGGCAGUGCAAGCAUCCACCUCUUCGGCAGCACAUCUAUCGUUUCCAACACGUACUUGACUUUGUACAUCAUCGUACAAUAAUCAUGCGCGGAAGUACUCUAUUCCUCGUCGCUUCAUGCGUGCUUCCCAUUUUCGCGAGCCCUGUGCCCAUGGAAGGAAUCAAGGCCCGCAAUGUACCUGUUUUGAAUCGUCGUAAUACGCUUUCCGUUACCAACCUCUUUCCUACGAUCUUCGGCAAGAGGUCCAUUGUUGAAGCAGUUCCGAAUUCUCUUACAGACAUCGAGGCACGAGGGCGUAACACACCAGGUGGAGGCUUGAAGGAACGAUCUGUGGGAGCCGACAUCGAGGCACGUGGACGUAACACACCAGGUGGAGGCCUAAAGGAACGAUCCGUGGAAGCUGAUAUUGAGGCACGUGGACGUAACACACCAGGUGGAGGCCUGAAGGAACGAUCCGUGGAAGCUGAUAUCGAGGCCCGAGGGCGUAACACACCAGGUGGAGGCUUGAAGGAACGAUCCGUGGGAGCCGACAUCGAGGCACGUGGACGUAACACACCAGGUGGAGGCCUGAAGGAACGAUCCGUGGAAGCUGAUAUCGAGGCCCGAGGGCGUAACACACCAGGUGGAGGCUUGAAGGAACGAUCCGUGGGAGCCGACAUCGAGGCACGUGGACGUAACACACCAGGUGGAGGCCUGAAGGAACGAUCCGUGGAAGCUGAUAUCGAGGCCCGAGGGCGUAACACACCAGGUGGAGGCUUGAAGGAACGGUCAGUAGAAGCUGAUAUCGAGGCCCGAGGGCGUAAUACACCAGGUGGAGGCCUGAAGGAACGAUCCGUGGAAGUCGACAUCGAGGCACGAGGGCGGAAUACGCCUGGCGGAGGAUUGUAGAGACGGCAAAUGAACGUCUAGGCACGAGAACGCCACUCCAUAGCUGCUGGUAAAGAAGAUGAAAGGAAGGGACUUUAUUAAUUUCUGUAUGUAUCCAUAUGUUCGAAGGGCGGUUCCUCUCUGUAAGGUAAAUUAAGUCUUAAAUCCACCCUGGAGGUGGCAAAUUCUU